UGUAAUAUCGAUCUUUGGUGACUCAAAAAUCAGUCCGGGGAGAUGUUACAACGACAUGAUCAUGAGGGUGGAAGUGAGUGAACAAGUAAAAGCAAAUUCCGUUGACCAACGUGGAAAGAGAUGGCUGCUACAAACACACGUUAACGUAUUUCUUUUUUUAUUUAAAUUAUCAACAGAAUGUGUUCUGAAAUAAUUUCUUUCAGUACGAGGCCAUAAUUCCAACGUCUUUCGGUUCCUUGAACGCACCUCGCUGCCGUGGCUUGGCGCGAGGAUUCUACACCUGGAGCUAGUUAGCAUAGCCGAGCGUUGAAAGAAAGAAAGAAAGAAAGAAAAAACACUUUCUUUCAUCAAACCGAUACUUUUUCGUAGCAUAUAUUUGUUAAUUUACAACCAAACGAUACAAACAUGCCUGUCGCUUUAUGCUAGGUAUAAGCUAGCACGUAGAAUUCCACAACAUUAGUCAGUGAAUUCAAUAUAUUUAGCGUUUGCUAGCAAGUUCCUAAACUAUGAACCACUUGAGGAUUAUUAGAGACGUACUCCACGCAGCUGAAGACAGACGGUCUGGCUCGUACAAGCGUUCCAGGCCUCAGUUUCUUUCUCAGGGAGCAUCCCAGGAUAGAACCAGGUCAUCCCAACAGAACUCACUGGAGGGCAGUGGCCCCAAAUAUUCUGGCCAUCACAGCGCAAGGCCUCCCUUGUCCGGCGGUUCAAGAGACACAAUGGACUUCCUGGGUGCGUUUACUGAAGUCAAAAAAGAAAAGUCUGACAGUCAAGUCUUUGCUGAAGAAUGUCGGCAUAUUCAGGAAACUUUGCACAAGAUCCAGCAGUUUGUUUCUGACACCAAGGAGAAUAAUUCGAUAAGCAAAGGUGUUCUGGAGAAGAUUAGUGAUCUGUCUUUGGCCGUGCAAAGCGGCCUGAACAGCCUGUGGCGUCACAUUACCGGUCACUUGGACGCCUUAUGUGACAAAGUGAAAACUGUGGAAGAAAUUGACGUCAGAAUACAACAGAGCCAAGACGCCAUAAUAGACCUGGGACAGAAAGUUGAAAGUUUGAAAAGUGCCAUGGAAAGUCUGAAGAAGGACCAGGUGCAGCAGCGGGAGAAGCUGGAGGAGGUGUUGGAGCAGCUCAAUACUUUGGUCUCCGAGUGGUUAGCUAAACCAGCCAAGGCUGUGAUGGUGGACAAAGCGGUGCAGAGAUCCCCUGGAACAGACGAUAGGCUUAAGGUUCCACACGGUGAGAUUGAAAACAUCCCUCAUAGUCCUCAUGUCUGCGUCGCAAAGAGAAGAUCUCGGAACACCAUCAGGAAGAGCAAAAAAAGGCCACUGGUUCUCCAGGGUGAUGAGCCACCUGAUGUGGCUCUGAGCAAACCACCUCAGAGCAGCCAAAAGGACUUGAACGUGAAAGGUAACGCAGGUGGGUCACCGGGGUCCAGAGGGGCUGAAGGCUCGGGGCGUUUCUUCACCUAUAUAGGCUGCUGGUCCUCUGACAGUGACAGUGACAGUCGCGGUCAGGGAGUCAGCAGAGACGUCGCAGCUUAUGGCACCUGCCUGACCCAGACUCGGAGGGGUUUUAGAUGUUAGCCCUGGUUCACUGAACAACUGCUGUAUUAUUCACAUGUUCCCACAAGCUAAGGAAAAUAGCUGGCACGUCUCUGCUUUUUUAGUGAACGAAAUCAAAUGCAUAUUUAAAAGCAUUAGCACGUGAAGGAAGACAUUUGUCAUCUCAAAGCUUAAUAAUAUAUUUCGCCCCUAUCCAGGGCAAAAUUCCAAGUUUGAAAUUUCAGUUUUAUAGGCAAGCAAGAGGAAGAAUUUGAUGAGUCAUGAGUUUUGUUUGAAGACUCCAGUCAAUCUGGUCCAUGUUUUCAACCUUCACACCUGGAAGAAGCUGCUCAGUUAAGAUUAAAAAUGAUUCUGGUGAAAUUGGCGUGUUCCAAUUCAUUCUGGAUAUAUUUGCCUGAUGAGAAAAUGUAUUUCAGUUACACCUAGCGGCCGAUAUACAGACUUCAACUCGCCGACAGUGACAAUUGAUGAGCUCCUCAAACAGCAGCCAUGCGUUAAUGACGAUAUAAACUAACUGCUUUGCAUCAUCCUCUUAUAUGACGUCAUCACCCCUCGUCUUUUAGUAGGGAAAUAAAGAUAGCGCUGAAUCAUCUGAAACAAGUUCUCCCCUAGUGACUCACAGCACAGAUCCAUGACAAGAGAGACAAUUUUCUUAUUUUACUUUAUUCUGUAACAGAUUUCUCUUGUACAUAUUUACAAAAUCUGGCAGCAUAUUCAUCACUGCUGAUCCACGUUGCUAUCUACACACAUUUAUCCUAAAAACUUAUCAAAACUGUACAGUGGAGUUACAAAAAUCUUUGGAGUGGAGGCAAGACUUCAUUUUGUACAGUUCACAUUUGAUUCAUGCCACACAGCUAAACUGGUGCUAGUGAGUGAAGGGAUCUACAUCUCCAGGUCUGGUGGUAGAUGUCAAACAUGUUCUAUAUAAAAAAAAGGAAUUCCUUGAACUAGCAAUGUCUGUGGUCAGAGAACCUCUACAGUCCAGCGCUGACUCAGCUUCCUUUCGUCAAAUGAGCUGAGAAUCACUUGGUUCUUGUCGUACUGAUGGCCUCCUGCAACACCAGAGAACAUUCCACAUGUAACACUGCUUGGCUCAUGGAGAGUCGGCGCCUUUUCCCAUCUAUUGUGCAGUGAAACUACCAUUUGCAAGUCAACAAUUCAAGAGGAAAAAUGCAAGAAAGAAUAUAAUAAACUCUCCUAUCGAUUAUAUUAACACAAUAUAUACUUUUUUAUUUGACAUGAGACAUGAGAAUUUCUUCGGUUAACAUUUUACAUACAUUCAAGUAGUUUUCAUACCUCAACUAACCGGUAAGCUUUUAAUGUUAUUUUUCUUUGAAAUUUAAGACGAUUCUCGUGUUAUAUUUGGGAUGAAUUGAACACAUUUUGUGAGCUAAUAUUUUAGGAUUACAUCCAAAAAACACCCAAAACCCUUUUUCCCCAGCAAUACAAAAUUCUACCAGCAGAUGGCGCUGUUUGGCGCUAGUCAUAACUGAAGUAAGUUGUUGCGAGUCUCAAAAAAUGUAUUUGAUGCCGUCUUCUUGUUUAAAAAAAAACUCUCCUCCCAUAGAGUGAUGGAAAGGAGCUGUGCUUUCUCACCUUUGACCUCCAGCACCAGAUCAGGCUUCAGGUGGUUGUGCACCCGACCGUCAGCACUGAUGUUCCACAGCUGGUUCUCUUUUCCUCGCUCGGGUGAAACACACAGCCGGCAGCCGGCCAUCAGCACGGUGCCGGAGGUCUCCAGGCUACAGUCCUCCAGCAGCUGCACACAGAGAUCAGCGUCAGGUUGAACUGGAUCACUUCCAAUUUCCACAGUGAAGCACAAUAGCCGGUCCAGUACCUUGCAGGAGAGGUGACCGUCUCGAUAGAGCCACACCUGCUCGAUCCCCCUGGUCUCCUCCAAGGCCUGGACCCUCAUCAGCUUGACAUCGUCCAGCGUUCCGGUCAGUGACAUCAAACCUCCUGACUCCUUGUUGCGCAGACGGACGUUGGCAGGUUUCUGUCGGUCAAAAUGUUACUGUUGAAACCACAGCACAGCUGAAUCCAUGACUCCAGUUGUGUUUCUGUGCUGGGUACCUGGAUCAGCGGCCGCAGAGAUCCGACUUUGCUCCAACCGGUGAGCUUGAACCAGUCAGUAACUUCACCGGGCUGCAGCAGAACCUGCCGGCCUCGGUAGUUACUGCCUUCGUACAGAACCCACCUGCAGAUGAGAAAUUCAACAGUUAGAGUCUGCCUGUAAUGAUGCAUUGCUGCCAACAGCUGCACCCUGUAAAGGGGCACCAGGAAAGCGAGUCACUUACACGCCGCCCUCCACCACUAGGGAGCGUAUGUGUGCAUCAAAUCCCCCAUGCAGCAGACUGACAGCUCCGCCUCUGAACACCAGGCGGCGCCCUCGGCAGCCGACUUUGCUGAACAGCACCACGGAAGGUAGAGACAACUCCUGCACGACAGUUCAGAAGGAUUAACGGUGAUUUCAAACACACACGCACUCUCACGCAAACACUCACAUGUCCGACAAUCUGUACGGAGCGAACUCUGGAGUCUGCAGACUGGAAGCCCAUCAGCUCUGGAUUGGCGUAAUCGCCCUCCUCCAGCAGGUACGUUUCCCCUGUGAACUGGUCGCCUUCAAAGAAAAUCCAGCUGCAAUACACAUCACAAGUCACAGCACAGUUACACAGCAGGAAGUUGAACCAGGACAGUCCAGCAAGACCAUAAAAAUAGGGCAAAAAUAUGUUUUAAAAUCAAUAUUUUUUACAAGGUCAGAAUGGAACGGUCGAUCUCACCUUCCUGACAGAACCCUGCAUGACUGGAUAUGGAAUUCUUCUUCUAGAGCUGCUGCGCUGUCUUCUAAAACCAGCCGCCGACCUCGGAAGUCCGGCUCGGAGAACAGAUGCACCUGGACAGAAGACUGGCUGUAUGGACGCUAUCUUGUAGUUCGCUGCUCCCCAGUCUUCAGGCUGCAAGUACAGGCCUUUCUCCAGCACGUAGAGCUCACCACUGAAGCCAGGCUUCUCAAAGGCCACCCAUCUGAAAGUGACGCAUCAGGUUGGUAAGCUGCUGCUUUCGUAUCUUAAACGCUGCCUAAUGAAUUGAGCAUGACGCUUGUAAAGCUUGGUUGUUAGAGACAUGACGUGAAUCCAUGCUCUGAUAAGUUAAGUAAACCUCAGUCUCAUGGAAAGCAACUAGCAAAAGAGCUUUCUCAUUGGUAGUCAGGCGUAAUGCAAACACUGUUUUGUGUUAAUCAAAGGCGGCUCCUGUCCCAGUCGUAAGGGUGUGUCAGUCAUUCGUUGUCAUGCAUCAGCAAGGAUAAUGCGAGUCCAGCUGUUUGUGAAGCCUGUUCUGACGAUCAAAGUGUCCCUCAAUAAUGGAUCAGGUUCUUUUGUCUUCUGUCAUUGUGUCACUCACACUCCCGACAUGACGUUAGCAGACUGCGUUUUCAUCCCGUGGCCCAUCUCCUCUGUGUUGAGAACCGGACCCAUCACGUUCACACUAAGGCCCAGUUCGUCCAGGUUCUUCUCAGAGUAGAGUUUCAUAUGUGGGGAGAGAAAAUCCUAGGGAGAGCAAGAACAGCAUGAAGCCUCUCGUCGUGUGUUAAAAAUCGAUCAAGUGAUCACGCAAGUCACCGUGAGAAGAGGCCGCAGUGACAGCAGUCCGUCCUCUGACGCUCCCCAGUCGCUGCAGUGAGGAUACUCCCCCUCCUCCAGGAGGUACUGUUGCCCCGCAAACUCAGCCUCCUGGUAUCCAACCCACCUACGACAUGACAAGUACUUAGGCCUGCACCUCCCAACUGUCUCAACUGUGAUGACGAACGAUCACUCACAGACCACCCAGGAUCUUCAGGGACCCCACUGUCGGGAGCGUCCUCCUGCUUUGUUCAUCGUCCAGCUCUGUGCUCAGGUCGUACAGUUCCUGGUCCACUUCAAUAGUCUCUCCAGUGAAGUCGGGUUUCUCGUACAGUAUUGCCUGCAAAGUGGUGCCUUCAUGAGUGUGGGUCAUUUUCUGUUCAGACAAUCUCUAGACUGCGCUGCUCUUUAGGUGGAAAACCUCACUUUAAUGUGUUUAAGUGAAAUACUGACAUCUACAUGGCAAAACAGUGAACCACAGACACUAUCUUGUUAAAGUUUUAAUUCAAUGUAAUACAUUUGACAUACAUACAUACACAUUUGAGAAACCCACCUUAACCUCCUUCGGACGUUCGACCCGGAUCGGCCCCUGCGAGAUUCACAAGAGCGUCCAUUAAGUGCUGUAAUAUUAGGAGUCAGACAUGAAUAUAUUCUUAAGCUUACUAUUCUGAGAGGUCUGAUUGAGCCAACGAAGGGUUGGGGGAAUCCCCAGGCCUCGGGACAGGGGUACUCUCCAGCCUCCAGCACGGCUAAAAACCCCCCAAACCCGGGAUCACUGUACACCAACCACCUGAAGACAUGAGGAGAUUUAGAUGACUAGCUGAACUUGAAAACCCUUAUUGUUACUUUUAUUUACUUGUUUUUAAAGUGGAGUGAACUCAACAUAGCUGUGAAAGGUGCUCAGUUAUAUAUUAUAAAAUAUAUAUUUACACUCCAGAAUGGACUUUAAUGGAGCCAGUAGUCUGAGGAAGCCCAUAGGAGCCGAUCUCCACUGUGUCGUCGCAGUAUGACAUCACUCUCCCCAUUCCAUUGACCUCUGCAAACAGGUCGAUUCUUGGGAAAGUGUAGUCCUGGGAAACACAGGGGUUACACCGUUAAUGUUAAAGAGCAACAUAUCAGUCCCUUUCAUUCCGGUGAAGACUCUUGAGCAUAGACGCCGCCAUCCUUUAAGAAUCACGUUGGUCAAGCAGUGGUGAGAUCCUCACCCUGACUGCCAGUCGUAGAGAACCAAUAACCAUCGGUGACUUUGCUGGUUGACCCAUCUGGUCUGGGGUGCUGGGAGCUUCCUCUUCUGCCCACAUGUUCUCCAGGUGCUCAGUGGGACCCUCCUCCAGGGCAAUCACUCUCCCCUGGAAGCCGGGUUUCUCAUAGAGAAGCCAGCUGCAGUGGGAAUAAAACAUCCUGUCAGCUCGGUCUUCACGAGUCUUUCAAGGCCUUCGACACUCACCAUCCUCGGACGACCCUCACAGAUAUGACCGGGGACAGCUUCAGUGCAGUGGCAUCCUCUAAAUCACCGUGGAUUUCAAACGCUUCUCCUUCAAACGCACCACGCUGAUGUAUGACAAUCUGGAGACAUGAUUGACAGCCCAACUGAAACAGCCAUUUCUAAUGGAUCCUUGCUAUUCAGUCACAAAGUCCUACCUUUCCAGGUCUUUUGUGGAAGCCUCUUACUGCAGGAACCUGUGUGCGAGUCGGGUAGACGGAAGAAUUAAUAUUAAUAUCCCCAUCAAAAAAACUGAAAUGCCCACCUUCUUCUGUGAAAGCUUCUUCGGCAAAUUCUUCCGGACGUUGUUGUCGGGGAGAAAACGGUUCCCCCAGACUUUCUUCUCUUGUUUACUCUUUUGGUUCAGGUCAACCGUUGUGUUGAGAGUCUGUUUAGUUGUGGUGGUUGUUGUCGGCUCUGUUUUGCUCACCUUGAGGGCCGGGGAGGUGGAGCUGACCGUGGACCCGUCCACUGCUUCUUCACUUGGACCUCGAACUUUCACAUCCUCAUGAUCUGUCCGGGCGCCAUUCACCUGUGGCUCAACAGUCAUCAGUCCAAACGAGGUCGACCCCUCGUGGUUGUUUGGAGAAAGUGGGCUGUGUAAAUCUGAGGCUGCUUCCUUCUGACCCUUCCUGGAGGUUUGUGGGGAACUGAGCAAGCUGGACAGAAUUGACAUCCUUUCUAGACGGGACUGUCUCUUUGGUAGCUCUGGAAUCUCUCUCUUCUCCUCUUCUGCCACGACUGCAGCUUCGACCUUGCCGUUGACCUUGGCAUGCGAGUCAGGUUGGUCAGUAGGUGGUGGUGUUGAGUGAUCUUGUCCACGUUUCUCCGCUGACCUCCCUUCUCUGUUGGCUGCGUUUUGUUUGAUGACCAUUGCCGGUGAAGGAUCUCUGGUGCUUCUGCCUUGUUUCCGUAGGCCGAACUGAAAUUCGGCAGGAUCGAACGCUUUCUCGAAAUGAUCUUCUUUGAUGGCCGGCAUAGCAAACGGAGGGGAGGGAGAUUUCUUCCGAACGUGGCGUUUCGGAGGCAGUGAGAAAGGAAUGCCGCCUUCUUUGAUGCUCCGGAUAAAGUCGUCCAAAUCAUCCUCGUCCACAGAUUCGUCCUCGCUGGCCGACAUGUUGAUUCGUUUUUUGCUUUCUUUCUUCUGCUUACGACUGUGUUCCACGUCCAGCCAGCUCGAGGGAGCUUCACUCUGAAGCUGCAACUGACUCGUGCUUGGAGCGAGUUUCAGGGAGUCCGGUACUUUUACAAUUUUUUUCUCAGCAGUUGGAGCAACCAACAAAGUCGUAUGAGAUUUACAUUCAAUUGUAUUUAGCACAGGUUUUGACUCGUCUUUGCCGCCGCCGACCGCUCUGACCUUCUGCACUGACACUUCAUCAUUCUGAUCGUCUUUGUUUUGGUCAACUUUACUCUCAUCUACAACAGAGUUUUCCAGGAUUUCGACUCUAGAUACAAUGAUGUUUUUUGUGGGUUCCUCCAUCCGAACAUUGCUGAUCUCAACGGGCUUGAGGUCAUUUGGUUCUUGAGACUUCUGCUCCACUCUCACCUGGGUAUCGAGUACAGAUUCAUUCUGAUCUUCUUGGUUUUGGUCAACUUUACUCUGAUCUACAACAGAGUUUUCCAGAACACUAGAUACAGUGAUGUUUUCUGUGGGUUCCUCCAUCUGAACAUUGCUGAUCUCAACGGGCUUGAGGUCAUUUGAUUCUUCAGACUUCUGCUCCACUCUCAUGGAUUCAUUCUGAUCUUCUUGGUUUUGGUCAACUUUACUCUGAUCUACAACAGAGUUUUCCAGAACACUAGAUACAGUGAUGUUUUCUGUGGGUUCCUCCAUCUGAACAUUGCUGAUCUCAACGGGCUUGAGGUCAUUUGAUUCUUCAGACUUCUGCUCCACUCUCAUGGAUUCAUUCUGAUCUUCUUGGUUUUGGUCAACUUUACUCUGAUCUACAACAGAGUUUUCCAGGAUUUCAACGCUGGAUACAUUGAUGUUUUCUGUGGGUUCCUCCAUUCGAACAAUGGGCUUGAGGUCAUUUGGUUCUUCAGACUUGUGUUCCACUCUCACCUUGGUAUCGAGUACAGAUUCAUUCUGAUCUUCUUGGUUUUGGUCAACUUUACUCUGAUCUACAACAGAGUUUUCCAGGAUUUCAACACUGGAUACAGUGAUAUUUUCUGUGGGUUCCUCCAUCCGAACAUUGCUGAUCUCAACGGGCUUGAGGUCAUUUGAUUCUUCAGACUUCUGCUCCACUCUCAUGGAUUCAUUCUGAUCUUUUUGAUUUUGGUCAACUCGACCCUGAUCUACAACUGAAUUUUCCAGGAUUUCAACACUAGAUACAGCAAUGUUUUCUGUGGGUUCCUCAGUCCAAACAUUGCUGAUCUCAACAGGCUUGAGGUCAUUUGGCUCUUCAGACUUCUGUUCCGCUCUCACCUUGGUAUCGAGUACAGAUUCAUUCUCCUCACCAACAUCUUUCGACUUCAGAUCAGUUUGCGUCAUGGCUUUGUCUCCUUCAACACUCAUGCGACACUCAGAGUCCUGUCUUGUCUCUGGUGUUAGCAUAACCUCCAGGUUUGUUUCAGCACCCUCCUCACGUGUAGCACUCAGCUCAACACCGUCAAUGCGCUUUGGCUCAUCUGGAACUUCUUCUGCGACGAUUUCGUCAGGGAAGGUUACAAGCUCAAUGCUGUUUUCCUCUGCGUUCGUACCAGUACAUGUUGCAUCUGAAACAACGGGAGUGUCCAGUGGUUGUUGGUCAUCUCGCAUUUUUGCUUCAUCCUCAACAACAUGCGUUGUUACUCCAGCAUCUUCUCCACUCCCUGUUUCUUUCACACCACCCUCUGCAACAUCAGGUUCACUGUCCUGGAUUGUAUCCUCAACAUUUGUUACAUGUUCGUCAUUCGGUUUCUGAAUCUUCUCGUGUUGCUCGCGGACUGGCAGCUCCUUCACCAGAUCGUUUCCAUUCACAUCUUCGCUUGCCAAGAUUUGUUCUUUGUUGAUUUCAUUAUGAGCUUCAACUGACUGUUGGUUUUCCAGAACUUCUUGUCGACUUUCAUUACUGACAUCUGCCUGCAGACAUCCAGAGUUUUCCACCGCCUCCUUCAUGUCUUCGAGAUGAUCAAUUGAUGGCUGCUGGUCAACAUUCAUCUGAGGAGCCACCUGAAGAACAGGGUCAGGGUAAGGGUUGGCAACCUCUUCGUCUUCAGAUGUUUGAUCCUCAGAUUCACUUUGGUGGUUCACUUUCAGCUCGACAUUAGAGGUUGAGCUUUCAGAUACUGUGUUGAGGCUUCGCUCAUGGUUCGCCACAUCAGAUAAUAUAAUCUGGUUUUCCAUGUCCCCCUUUGAAGCUACUAAACUGGAUGUGUCUACUUUACUUUCAUUAGGCUGAGCUGACUGUGUUUCCUGCUCCUGUUUGGACUUGGGAGAGUCCUCCACAUCUGAUUUUGUCCUGCUUUCAUUUCUAACUUCAGCAGUAGGUGGUGGACUUGUCUGCGGAGAAUCCACAGGAUCAAUGUGUGUCACUGUAUCUUUUAUACCCAGAGUUUUCUCUUCCUCGCUCACAGACUCGAAUGUUUUCUCUACAUUCUCCGUCGCUUUGGUGCCAUUUUCCUCCACGUGGGGCUCAAGCUCUGGGGAGUGCUUUUGUUCAUCCUUAGCCUCGAUGUUGAGCUCAUCCUUCUCGCUGCCAUGCCCCGAAGUCAUCUCCUCAUUUGAGUCUUCUGGUGCUUUGUCUAGUAAAAUGGCGUCUUUGUCCAGCUGACUUUCAACAUUCUGCGGUGGUUUACAGACAACGAUAGGCUCUGACUGAACAUCAACGUCAGGAUCCCUACAAGCUUCGCUCUUGACCACAUUACUCUCUGUGAUGAGGUUACCGGUUUGAGUUUCAGGUAUUUCACUCUCCUCUUGCACAUCUUCACCAGGCAUGUUGGCUGAGAUUCCAGGAUCUUCAGGAUCAGACCUACUUGAAAUGGUUGUCAUGUCAUCUCCCAGAUCGGUUUGCUCACCUUGGACGUGUUGGGAUGAUAAGCCUGUGGCCUUCUCAACAUCUGGUCCCCGACACUCUUCCUUCUCCUCACUUUGAAUGACCUCAUUACUUGCUGUGAUGACAUCAGUCUUUUGAGUUUCAAGUAUUUCACCUUCACCAGGCGUGUUGGCUGAGGUUUCAGCUUUCUGAUCUUCAGGAUCCGAACUAUUUAAAAAGGUUUUCAUUUCUGCUCUGAGUUCAGUUUGCUCACCUUGGAGGUGUUGAGGUGAUGAAUCUGUGACGUUGACCUGAGCAGGUUCCUUCUCCAUGUGUUCCGCUGGUCGACAUUUCUCCAGGUUUAGAUCUUCAUUGCUUUUAUCUGUGUUUACCUCCACCACCACUGCAUCGUCUGUUUUUGGCUCAGGCCCUUCAGGUUUACUGGUGUCUUUUGGACGCUCUUCAGAUGCAGCUUGUGGUUCCUCUUCAGUCUUUAUAUCAACAACGCCUGCAAUAGACUGAGGCUCUCCAUCAGUUUGUGUUGUUGUUAUCGGCUCAUUUUCAGUGAUAUUAUCAUUCAGAGCUAACGGUUCCCUUUCCUGCUUCACUUCCGCCUCACCCUCAGCAGAGCUUGGCUCGUGGCUCGAUAGUUUUUCAACAUGCUCUUCCUGUUUACAGAGAGUUUCAUUGCUAGCCUUUGAAUGAUCCGCAACACCAGCGGCUGUUCUGGCAGUGGUUUCAGCGACUUCUUUUGGUUUGGACGCAGCAGAAACCUCAGUGGUGGGAGGCUCUUGUUUUUUAGGUAAUAAUUUAUCUAAGAUUCUCUGACCUCUGGUUGGAAGUUUGCUCAAAGGUGAGACAUCGCUAUUGUCCAUGGCCACUUUCUUUAGGGGUUUGUCUGCGGGUUUCUGCAGCUUCAACACUGCUUUCUCAGUCUUUGUAGGUGUGUCACUGGGUUCCCGCCCGUUGGCCACCACUGCAGCCUGUUUGGAUGUCUUGCUUGACAAAAGCACUCCUGUUUGGGGAGGAAAAGAGAAAUGAUUCAUCUUCACCAGAACAAAAAAAUGCUCAGAUAUGGAAUCGAAACAAACAAAGCAGCAGAUAACUGUCAACUGAAAGUGCUUUGAUAACUCAAUCUGUGUAAGCUCACUAGCACAUAUCGACCUCUUUCUGAAAGUCAAACCUUGUUCAAAUAUAGUGCAGCAGUAAGUCUGUGUAUUGGCAUGCAACAAGAGAACCGAUGAGCGGAUCGACCCUUGUGUCACACCGGCCACAGUGAGGAAGCUAUUUUACUUCCUAGCUCAACCAGAUUGAAGUGAAGAAUUCAAUCACAGUCAAACGACACGCUUCAGUGUCUCACCUUUGUUGGUGCUUUCAGACUGUGUUUUCUCGAUGACCUCUCCCUCCACUCGUGCCCCAAACCCCUUUUCUUUGACUCCAUCUGAACAUCUUCCAGCCUCAGCUUCACCUGUCUCCAGCAACUCAUCGCUCUUCUUCCUGGCUGGUGAUGAAACCGGCAGCCGACUCCGGGAUGCCAAGGAACUUUUUUCCAGCUGCUGUUUUUUCUUGGCAUCCGGAUCGUCGGUGUCUGUUUGCAGUGUGCUUUUCCCGGUGCUGUGUUCCUCACCACCGUUGAGCAUCUUAACUGAGACUUUAUCAUGUCUUGGCUUCAGGUUAACCUUCUUUUUGGUGGUUUUAGGAGAAGGCUCUACUUUUACUUUCAUUGCUUCACUGGUGUUUCUGGCUUGCUUCUGUGUUUUGGAGUCAUCAGCUCCUAAUGAUUUAUCUGGUGUCUCCUGGGAUUUUAAAUCUGUGUCAGAUGUUGGCCUUUUGGGGAUUCUGGACUUUGACCCGAGUAGAGUUUCGUCCUUUACUGUUGCCGACUUAGAAAUGCUGCUUUGUUCCUUCAGCAGCGGCGUGUCACCGGAGGCUCCUACUUUUAUGGAGCUCUUUGUCUCUGUGGUCACAUUCUUGGCCUUCUCUCCACUGGCUGAUUUCGGGGUCUUCAGUCCACUGACAGGGACAUUUCUGCUCUCCGCUGCUGCCUUCCCACCUCUUUUAGAGGCUGUGCCACUGGCUCGCCCCAUGGACACCGUGGACCGCGACUUUGCUCGCUGCAUAUCUGAAGUUUCAUCAAAGACGUCUGAGUCCUCGCUGGUUUCUACACCUUCAGGAGUGCUUCUGUCAGCUGUGAUCGCAUUGGCUUCCUGUGGUUUCCCAUUGUUUUGGUGGAGACUGGGCGAUCUGAAAGGAAAGGGAGGGACAGCCAUUUUAGAAUUCACACAGAAAACUAAAGUUGUGGAGUCAGUGAGAAGAAGAAUGACCGUAAGUGCUGAGGAGCAAAGGCAGUUGCCUCCAAAAUCCACAUCAGAAGAAGGUAUGAAAAUAAUAAUAUAGAAAAACAGUGCAGUAAUCUAUAACUCGAAUCAAUGUCAGGUGUCCAGAUUGCUAUGUCAAGGGGACUGAGGUCAACACCAAGGGGCGGCCAUCACUCUGUCCUCGACUCGAACGGUGUCACAGGUGGGAUAGGAACUGAAAGUGCAUCAAUGCUUAUCAGUAAGGUGCUGUUUUCAUGAGAGCAAGCGACCAAGUGCGCAGUACAGAUGGACUCGCACGAAGGACGACUUCUCAGCCUUGACCAGGCACACUCGCAUACCGAUGGCUCGGCUGUCGUGACUCCAAAUACAUGUAAAAGUGGGGAAUUGAACUGUACUGUCCUGUAAUAACUGGUUCUCCGUUUCCCCAAAUGUUCUUUUCCUUCAGUCAUUUCGUCAUGCUAAAGUGGCUAGAACAAAUGUGUAAGAGCUGUAUCACCUCAGUUGUUAACGAAGCUCUUAAUUGUAUUUUUCAAGGCAUUAUGAGUCAUUAUGAGUCACUCUCUCCUUGUUCCUCUUGCAGGUUCUGACUGGAUUAUACUUUCACAAAAUUCCAAUUCCAUUAACAUGUUGAUGUUUCAGGUUUAUAAUCAUCAUAUUAAAAAGAUGAAUCCAUUGCAUUACUACUACUACUGUACUACUACACACGAACACUGGCUUAUUAUUAUUAUUGAGAUGGCAAAAGUAGGUUUUCUACAUUUCUGGUCGAUUAAAGGCAUGAGUUGCUUGAUCAUUGACUAAACUGACUCAGUUUAAAUGCAAAACUGUGUUUAAUAUUAAACCAGUGUUAACCUGUUUGCAGUGGCAUUUUCUAUUCAUGUGUAAAGAGAAUAAAAAUCACACUCGGCACUACCAUGAAGUAACACAGAAAUAAGCUUCAACAUUGUAUUUUUGCUGUUAAGACUCUCCGAACUAACUGUUUUUUCAUAUUUUCUGUCUGAUGUUUUACCACCUGGAAUGUACAGUAAGUCGUUUUUUUCUUCUCCUCUCUGAAAAACUUGUCUCUGACAGCAACGCUGAAGUCAAACAAAAGUGUGUACAGUGAGUUGCUUGUCAGGUUCCGUAAUGACUAACACAUUGAGGUAGGGAAUAUACUACACUAAAGGCAAAUACUAGCCUCUCAGCUAGAACUGGGAAACAUGCUUCUGGUCAAGUGAAGUAGAUUCAGCUGGGCGCUGAAGCGGCUCUUUUUUUUCCUGAGCAGAUGUACAACAUAUGAAUAUUUCAGUGCGUCAGUGGAGGUUUCACUGGUAUUGUUCACCUCAGGAACAAUGGGUCCCAAGAAUUUAGAGCUCAUGUUGCAGCAGACUUUGCUGUUUCUGUCUGCACCAGGUUCAAAGAGGCUUUUCAAAAGUAACCACACAGAAGAAAAACAGGGAAGAGAAACUCACCGCUGUGCUACUGUUGUGUCCAGAGUAUUUGAAGUGGAGUCUCUUUUGUAAUCCCCUGCAGGCAGCUGAUCCUCGGCUUCACUUGGCUCGGGGCUAACGUACACUUUGUGAGCAAAAACCUUGCUCCUUGAAGGCAAAUUCACAGUUUUGCGCGUCACUCGGAUUUCGUCCGAUUUGCUUUUCUCCUGAAGGGAAGUUUGUCUUGGGACUGCAGUAACAGGUUCCUGUGGCUGUGGUGUUUGGACCUCCCCUUCGAUUGCUGCCAAGGCAGACUCUGGCCCGGCGCCCUGUGCCAGGGUGGAAGAAAAGCGGCGUGCUGUGCCCUCAGGCUCGUCUUCAGGAAUAACAGUGACAGUCCUCCUCCUCUCCCAGGUGCGUUUCCACCCAAAUGGCUUUGUGAAGAUGGCCAGGUGAUUCUGCUUCGGGCUGCUUUUCUGGCGUGGUGACGCUCUCUCUGGACAAUAUCCGACCCCGAGUCACUGACUUACUGCUCACUCCUUUCUCCCCCUGUUUUUGUGACCCAAAAGUGAUCCCCUUCAGGAUGCUGCUAUGGCUCUUCUCUCCAACCUUCACAACUGUUUUCUUUGACCCUAAGCUAAUAGAGGUCAAAUUCGGCGACCUUGGCCCCCCGAGUGACUUGGUUAAAGAAGUGGGAGACAGGCACACGGCAGCGUUCUUGGUGGACUCCUCUGUUUUCUUGUCAUCCAAAUGAAGCUGCAGCCUCUUGCUGACCUCCUCCACCACUGACUCGGCAAAACCAGCCGAGGAAUCAAUGUCCAGAGCAGAGGGGCUGUCAUUCCCGGAAAUCCUUUCACCCUUGGCCGUCACCCUGCUGAGGCUGACCUCCCGCACGCUGCUCCUGCCGCUGCUGUUGCUGUCGGCGAACGGCAGAUCUGCGUCGUCGGUGAGCAGCGAGGCCAUGCUGGACCCGCUGGUGUUCUGGUUGCUGUCCUCGCCAUGUCCAGGCCACGUAAACUCUCCAGAAGGAGUCGGAGUCUUCAGCCGGUCGUCGUCUUCUGGCGAUUGUGGAGACAAGGGGGACUUCGGAGAGGUGGCUUCGCUGGAAGAAACGGAAUUCUGGCUGUUCCGGCUUUUUCGUCUUUUGGGGUUGAAGAAACUGCUGAGUCGGUCCAACAUCCCUUUCUUCUCCUCCCCAUUCUGGAAAAGGGCGGAGUGAAAAAAAAAGGUUAAUGUUGCUGGAAAUCUAACAGAAAGUUCCUUUAUCUUAUUCCUUUCAUCUGAGGCAAUAAAGGAACUCGCUGGAGAACUGAGGUAGACUGUCUGGCCUGGGCCUCUUCCCUAUUUUCAGUCACUAGUGAAAGACGGUGACCAUAAGUGUGGAAUGGAAUCAGACAGCAAAGCUCUUCCUCCACAAGGAUGGACUGAUCCAGAGUCCUUGCAUGAUGUCGGGCCAGUUAAGCUAAACCCUAUUCCCAACUGGAACCAUGGCCCGGGACUUCCACCGGACCAAAACCUUUCCCACUGUCACAAGAUGAAAUCCAUACGAACUAUGAGCAGAGGCUGAGCAUUCCCUUGACAUUCCAGCACCAGGACCGAGCUAUGAUGAUGCAUGGGUGAAGCAAGUAUUUCAACAGUCUAUAUGUUAAACUGAUAAUGCUGGAGCUUAUCUACAUCCUUGCAACAUCACCUGGAUGGCUAAGAUACUUGUUGCUCAAUAGUGUCCCCUAAAGCUCAUCCCUCCAAUUUCCAUCAUGCCAUUUCAACAGCUCAGGGUUGUGUGCUACGUCUGAUCCGUAGAUAUUAUAUUUUCGGGGAAAACAGGGCAGACAAUUUCCUUCUUGGAGCUGAACAGGAAGAGGUCAGACACAGCCCUGAGACAGCAAAUAAGGAGUCAACAGCUUGUGUCAGUUAAACACAAGUCAAAUAAACAACUGCAAACAAAGGUGUAAAGAAGAAUACUGUUCUGAAAUGAACUAGUGAACAUAAAAAAACAGCUGCCUAAGACGGGUACUGCUUCAUGGCAAGUUUAAUGGUUACAGUUUAUCACAGCAGAGAAUUGUAUAGGACGAAAAAUGAAGCACAAAAAUGAAAAAAAUAUUUCAUGUAAAUAUGUGAAAA